AUGCUCGCAUCUCUGUUAACUGCUGCAAUUUUGGGGCUGCCACUUGCUGCGCAAGCGGCGACGUACACCAUUGCUCAGAAUCAUUCCGGGGCGAACUUCUUCGACGGCUGGGUGUUCACCGAAGGUAUCGACGCGACUACCGUUGGGAACGUUUUGUACCAAUCUCGUGAAGCAGCUCUCCAGCAAAAACUGGCAUAUGUCGAUGGCAAUGGUCAUGCCAUUAUCAAGGUGGACAACACAACUGUGGGAACGGGUGACACAUAUGGUCGAGCUUCGAUCAAGAUCAACAGUACCGCCAGUUUUGGGAAGGGUAGCCUCGUCAUUAUGGAUGCCAAUCAUCUUCCUUACGGAUGUUCUGUCUGGCCUGCUUACUGGUCACAGGGAAGCCCAGCUUCGGAGUGGCCGAAAUAUGGCGAGAUUGAUAUAAUCGAAAAUGUAAACUUGGCAACGGUCAAUCAGAUGGCACUGCAUACGACACAAGGAUGUACACUCGCAAGCGGCACAGAGGUCACUGGAAAGAUUAUAUCCAACGACUGCUUUAAUGGCACAAAUGGAAAUCAAGGGUGCAUCGUCCAAGGAGCGACCGAUGCGUCUUACGGAGCCGGAUUCGCGGGGGUUGGCGGUGGAGUGUACGCUCUCGAAUGGUCAUCAGAAGGCAAUGGACUCAGGAUUUGGUUCUUUCAACGUGGUUCAAUCCCCAGUGACAUGGCCAGCUCAAGUCCAAACCCCAACAACUGGGGAACACCCACCGCCGCGUGGCCUGAAAGUGGCUGUAACACCUCCCAGUUCUUUGGUCCACAGACACUUAUUCUUGAUAUCACGCUCUGUGGGAAUUUUGCCGGAGCCCCUUCCACUUUCCAGGCCACUUGCUCCGGAGUAUGCACAGAUUUAAUCAAGACACCAUCGAACUACAAUGAUGCAUAUUUUGAUAUCAACUAUCUUCGUGUUUUCUCCGAUGGCACAUCUGGAUCCAAUUCUGGGCCGACUCUAACAGCGACAACUUCCACGGCUACUUCUACUUCGGCCGGUUCAAACGGUCCCAGUACUACUACUAACGGCGCAACGUCUAUGCUGGCCUUGGGUCUUGGCAGCAUGAUCUUUAUCGCAGCUGUUGCUGGCCUCAGUAUUGCUUGA